UUUCAACCACUUGAGCCUUAAGAAAGUAGCUUCUAAUUGGCACUUUGUCAUACCCAAGAGGGAAAAAAAGGGAGCAAAAGUAUGCAGAAAGCAUAACUUUGAAGAUUAUGCCAUCCCUUCUCUACUCUUCAAUGACUCCGGAGAGAGAGAGAUAGAGAGAGAGAGGGAUGGAGAAAUAGAGGGUGUUUUGUGGCUUUAUUCGUCAUGACCAUGUGACUAAAAGUUGUUCUGAAUAGAUUGGGAACCGAAGAAAAUAGCUCGAUUUCAAGCUUGGGACUAAUGGGUAGAAGAAAAUCUACAGAUGUUGAACAUGGGAACAAAGAUGUAACAUUCUCUAGCUGUGUGAUUAACAUUCAUCAAUUGAGUUCUGAUGAGAGGAGUUACAGCACCGGUGGCUUAUUCGCAAGCGUUGGUCAAGUGGGAAUGGAAUUCGGGAUUUCACUAAAUCCUCAAAAUCCCAGUGGCAGCAGAGUGAAACUUCCAAAUGCCAAGUCAUACAUGAAGUAUGUCACUAUUCAUGAAUCCGGUUAUCAAAUUAGACUGGCGCCGGAGUUGGAGAGAGGAAAAGCAUUGGAAGUUGGAGAAGAGAAGGUGACGGUGAAAAGAAAGAAAGGAGAUGGCCUGAAACUGAGAAUGAAGAUUGGGAAUGACUCACUAAGGAGAUUGAUGAGUGGAGGCAUCGCAGGCGCGGUGUCACGCAGUGCAGUUGCACCGUUGGAGACAAUAAAGACGCAUUUGAUGGUGGGAAGCUGCGGACAAUCCGCGGCUGAAGUGUUCCAAUCUAUCAUGAAAACUGAAGGAUGGAAAGGCUUGUAUAGAGGCAACCUGGUUAAUGUGAUUAGAGUUGCGCCAAACAAGGCAAUUGAGUUAUUUGCGUAUGAUACGGUUAAGAAGUACUUGACUCCAAAACUCGGAGAAAACAACAAAAUCCUUGUCCCUGCCUCAUUGAUUGCUGGCGCUGUUGCUGGAUUCAGCUCAACUUUCUGUACUUACCCACUUGAGCUGCUAAAAACCAGACUAACCGUCCAAAGAGGAGUGUACAAGAACUCAUUACACGCUUUAAUGAAGAUCGCCGGAGAGGAGGGAGCUGCGGAGCUAUAUAGAGGACUAAUCCCAAGUCUGAUUGGAGUAAUCCCUUAUGCUGCCACCAACUAUUUUGCUUACGACACACUGAGAAAAGCUUACAAGAAAGCCUUCAAUCAGGAUGAAAUUGGAAAUGUGACCACCCUCUUGAUGGGUUCAGCUGCUGCUGUGGUUUCAAGUUGUGCAACUUUCCCACUCGAGGUGGCACGGAAGCAAAUUCAGGCUGGAGCUUUCAGCGGGAGGCAGUACAAGAACAUGCUUCACGCGCUUGUGAGCAUACUCGAAAGGGAAGGAAUUCCGGGCCUGUAUAGAGGAUUAGGACCUAGCUGCAUGAAGUUGGUGCCUGCUGCUGGGAUAUCUUUCAUGUGCUAUGAGGCAUGCAAGAGGGUAAUGAUAGAGAAAAAAGAGCUAGUGUAAAUGUAAUACCAAAAUAAGCACAUUUUUUAUUUAUUUACGCACUUCUUGAUUUAUGAGAAA